AUCUAAUCCACGUCUCUCUCUCUCUACAUCCAUAUACAUAUGCAUAUACAUAUACAUAUAUAUACUCAAGACCAACCAUUAUUGGUUGUGCUCUGAUUCUCUAAAGAUUCCAUGCUAUAUAAUAAACAAUUUUGUUUCCAUUUUCAUAAUACAUUCUCACACAAACCCAUCACUCAGCUGCAAUAAUUACCUCCUUUUUCGCUGGCAUAAGGUUCAUAAUUUGGAAAUUAGAGCAGAUUGGAAUUUUUUCACCAAUUUUUCUUUAUACACAAACACAAAUUCAUAACCAUCUAUAAAUCUAAUUUGUAUUGUUUUUUCUCUUUCGGAUUUCAUUGUCCAAGUUCCUUGCUGAAAAACGAUUUGAGCCGGCUGCGGUAAGAGUUGCAGAUGGGUGAUGUAGCCAAGGACCUGACUUCUGGUACUGUUGGAGGAGCAGCGCAGUUGAUAGUUGGGCACCCUUUUGAUACCAUCAAGGUCAAGCUCCAAAGCCAGCCUGCUCCUCUCCCAGGCCAACCUCCCAAAUAUGGUGGUGCAAUGGAUGCUGUCAGACAAACAUUAGCUGCAGAAGGACCAAGGGGUCUGUACAAAGGUAUGGGUGCUCCGCUUGCCACUGUGGCAGCCUUCAAUGCAGUCCUCUUCUCAGUUAGGGGACAAAUGGAAGCAUUGUUGAGGUCCCAACCUGGUGCCCCCCUUACAGUGAACCAGCAGAUUGUUUGCGGAGCUUGGGCUGGACUUGCCGUGUCCUUUCUGGCUUGUCCAACUGAAUUGAUCAAAUGCAGAUUGCAAGCCCAGAGUGCAUUGGCAGACUCUGGCUCUGCUGGUGUGGCAGUGAAGUAUGGAGGGCCAAUGGAUGUGGCAAGGCAUGUUCUACGAUCAGAAGGAGGUGCAAGGGGUCUCUUCAAGGGUUUGGUUCCAACCAUGGCACGUGAAGUACCGGGAAAUGCUGCAAUGUUUGGUGUCUAUGAAGCCCUAAAGCAGUUCCUUGCAGGAGGCCAAGACACUUCAGGAUUAGGAAGAGGUUCUCUAAUUGUUGCCGGAGGCUUGGCUGGAGCUUCCUACUGGGUUUCUGUCUACCCAACCGAUGUUGUCAAGAGUGUACUUCAGGUCGACGACUACAAAAAUCCUAAAUUCUCUGGCUCCAUCGAUGCUUUUAGAAAGAUCUUGGCCAAAGAGGGAGUCAAGGGCCUGUACAAAGGUUUUGGACCUGCCAUGGCACGGAGUGUUCCAGCAAACUCAGCAUGCUUUUUGGCAUACGAGGUGACAAGGUCUCGUUUGGGAUGAUUGUUUAUUUGUCACUGCCCAAAUUUUUGGGUGGAUGUAAUUCUUCUUAUUUUUGAGAAAAUUUUGGGCGGAUGCAAUUCUUCUUAUUUUGGAACAAUUCUCUCUUCACCAAGUGAAAUCUCGUGCUUUUAAAAA